UUGGCCAUACGGUCCUACUGAAGCAAACAACUAAAAUUUUGGGCUUGGUUUGGCAACUUUGGAUCGCCGCAAGUACCGUCGCUUUUGGCCCGAAAACCCGGUAGAUUAGUCACGAUGACGGGAGGCACGCACUGGAGCUACGACAUCCUCAAGCAGAUGGCCAUCGAGGGCUGUUCGGGCGACGUGGAGUACCUGAAGCAGAUGUUCGCCGAUGAGAUCGGUUCCCAGCGAAGAUUGGAUUGCAUUAGCUCCGUGGAGGAUCUGAUCGACUGCCUGGAGCGGGCAGACGAGCUGGCCGAGGACAAUGUGGAGCCGCUGCGUCGGAUGUCCGGAAAUCAACCGAACCUCAUCGAGGCUCUCAAUAGCUACACUCCGCCGGAGAACUUCCGCCAUCCGCCGGUGAAUCUGUACCAGGAACUCCGGCUGGCCGAGGAGCUGCGUCAGCAACUGCGGAUUGCUCCGCUCCAGGCGGCUCAUCCCUCAUUUGCAGCGGUGCCUGUGGCGGCUGCAUCCACGCCCUCCGUCCAGAACUACACCACUCCGGCUGCCUUCACGGAUCGCAAGCGGGCGGCUGUGUUCAAGAAGAUCUCCGAGGAACUGGGCCGCUCCUGGCGCCGCCUGGGCCGAUCGGCUGGGAUCGGCGAGGGCGCCAUGGACAACAUCGAGGAGCGCCAUCCGCGCAACCUGGCCUCGCAGAUCCUGCAGCUGCUGCAGCUCAUCGAGGAGGACGACUGCCACGAUCCCAAGCACUUCCUCGUGCGCCUCUGUCGCGCCCUCGGUGAGAGCGGUCGCAACGAUCUGCGCAAGAAGGUGGAGCAGAUUAUGUCGCACUAGGUUAAGAUAUGUUUUAUUAUGUUUGCAAUUUAUAUGUUGGCUUGAUAAGGAAGGGUGAAUCCCCUGCCAUUUGUGAUAAGAUUUGCGACUGGAAGCCUAACAAAAAAGUGUAUCAAAAAGUGCCUUUGUUGCAAUUGUCUGCGGCUAAUAGUUAAUCAAAAUUCCUUAAAGAUAAAGGAGAUUGAUUGAUUGUACAACUUCAAGAAGCCAUUUGUAAUAAAAAUUGAUUUUAUCUAAUUUUUUAAUAAAUGUUCAUAAAACUCUAAAACUGGUUUCGCAGUUCAACCAAAUUUUACCCUGAAAAAAGGUGAUUCCUAUUAAACAAACAUACUGAUUACCUUAUGAUAAGAAGUUGUGA